GAGGCGGGUGGAAGGAGGGAGGAGAAGGGCGGGGCGCGGAGGCCCUAAGCAAAGGACGAGACUCCAACUCUGACUUUUUCUGCCGCUCGCGGGUCAGGACUCUGAGGAGACACUGCUGGUCCAACUCACUCCUGGACCCGAGUCCACCCCUGGCCUGCUUCAACCCCUGGGGGAUCCAGGAGUUCAGGCCCCCAGCCUCCUCCCCGCGCAGACUCAAAGGGUCCGGGUUCCCGGCCCCUCUUCUCCAGCAUGCCCUGGAGUCUGGACUCAGCCCCCUUCUCCACCAGGAUCCGAGGGGGCUCAGCCGCCCCUGUCCCAACCUCCCGAAACAGCCAUCUCCUGACAACCCCCCAUCGCUGGCUUCCACGUAGCCAUGUCCCUCCUCCUGCUGGUGGUCUCUGCCCUUCACAUCCUCAUUCUCAUCCUGCUUUUCGUGGCCACUUUGGACAAGUCCUGGUGGACCCUCCCGGGGAAGGAGUCCCUGAAUCUCUGGUAUGACUGCACAUGGAACCAUGACAACAAAACGUGGGCCUGCAGUAACGUCAGCGAGAAUGGCUGGCUGAAGGCGGUCCAGGUCCUCAUGGUGCUGUCCCUCAUCCUCUGCUGUCUGUCCUUCAUCCUGUUCAUGUUCCAGCUCUACACCAUGCGGCGAGGGGGGCUAUUCUAUGCCACUGGCCUCUGCCAGCUUUGCACCAGCGUGGCCGUGUUUACGGGGGCGCUGAUCUACGCCAUUCACGCGGAGGAGAUCCUGGCGGAGCGCCCGGCGGGGGGCAGCUUCGGUUACUGCUUCGCCCUGGCUUGGGUGGCCUUCCCCCUCGCCCUGGCCAGCGGCGUCAUCUACAUCCACCUGCGGAAGCGGGAGUGAGGGCCCCGCGUCGCCCUGCAGCCCCCUGCCCGCUCCCGGACCCUCGGUCCCACCCCGAAGCCCCGGCCCCGCCGCGUCCUCCAGAAAAUAAAACCAAUAAACCGUUUAACCGCC